ACACACACACACACUCCCUCUUCCUGUUCUUGCUUCCUCAUUCACCCUUUUCUCACUGCACCCAGAUGUGAUCAGCAGCUCCUCGGAGGAAAAGACACACACACACACACACACACACAUACAUACACACACACUGCGCUGACGCACGCUGGUGACAUGUGUCUGUCUCCCGUUUGUCCUUCAAUGACACUGAAAAUAAUACAACUGAUGUUUGUGCUGCAGCCAUAAAAUGAAUAAGUCACACUCAUACCCUGGUCCACACUGUCCCGUGUUGCCUACCAUUUCCACACCUCCGAUACCAGAAGAGGAAGAUGAAGACCUGAACAAAGCUUUUGGUGUUCAGAGAUUUCAGCAGAUUCUGAGUCCGACUUCACGUGAGCCUAAUGAGCACCGACACUUCAGCGAGGAGGACUUCCUGUAUCACCGUCACUCUUCACAUCACACCCGUCACCAUCUGUCCAAACACACCGAUGGCCGGAGAAAGAGGACUGGAAAAAAGAAAAGGAGUAAAGAGCAACACCUGAGUGAAGACCUUGGCGGUCAGGAUGGAGAGGAAGAGGAAGAAACACACACUGAAAAAUCUGAGACUGAGAAGCAGGAUAGUGUACAGUUCUUCCUGUGUGAUGAAGAUGUUUUCUCUCCUGAUGAUGAAAACACGGCUGGGAACAAGCAGACUACUACAGAAACACACGACGGCAGCACCACUGCAGCUGGGGAUCACCUACACAUUGAGAGUGAAACAGGGAAUGACAACAGUCUGACUGAUUCCUCUAAGCACCACACUGUGAUCAUCGACCCAAGCUCUGUGACAUUUCACCCCAGCACGUUGACCCCAUCCAGUCCGACAGGAAACAUGACGGGAAACGAGAGCACAAAAUACGAGAGGAUUCCUGCAGACGAGGCAGAGACGCGCACACUCGGCUCAGCCAAUUUGGAUGACAUUAAGACUCACCGUUUUGAGGAUGUUCCUGGAGUGAGGAGACACCUGGUCAGGAAAAGCACCAAAACUUCCGUAGUGCAUAUCAACAAGGAUCAUGCUGAGCCAAGCACGCGUAGGCCCAAAGUUGACCGCACACCACAUGAGGUGUUUGUCGAGCUGAACGAGCUGAUCGUAGAUAAGAACCAGGAGCCGCAGUGGCGGGAAACAGCGCGCUGGAUUAAGUUUGAGGAAGACGUAGAGGAGGAAACGCACCGCUGGGGGAAACCACACAUUGCCUCGCUCUCGUUCCGCAGUUUACUGGAGCUCCGUAAAACCAUUGCACAUGGCACAGUGCUGCUGGAUCUAGAGCAGAAAACCUUAGCUGGAAUUUCCCACCAAGUAGUUGAGCAGAUGAUCAUCAGUGACCAGAUCAGAGCGGAAGACAGAGCGAAUGUACUAAGAGCACUGCUAUUGAAACACAGUCACCCGUGUGAUGAGAAAGAUCACAGCUCAUUCCCCAGAAACCUCUCAACAGCCAGUCUGGGUUCAUUAAUCUCUCAUCACCAUCACCAUCACUAUCACCAUCACCAUCACCAUCAUCAUCAGACAGAGCCGUCCGUCACCGAGCCGCUGAUGGGGAACACAAACACAAAACACGACAACACACAGCACACACACCCCGACACAUUUGAGAAAGAACCAACUGCAGCAAGUGGCAUGCACAAAUCUAAAUCUAAACACGAGCUCAAACUGCUGGAGAAAAUUCCAGACAAUGCAGAAGCCACCGUGGUACUUGUGGGCAGUGUUGAUUUCCUGGACCAGCCCACGAUGGCGUUUGUGCGCUUGGAGGAAGCUGUGUUAUUGGACUCCGUUCUGGAGGUUCCGGUUCCUGUGAGGUUCCUCUUCAUCUUACUUGGACCGAACAACUCCAGCAUGGACUAUCACCAGAUUGGACGUUCAAUUUCUACAUUGAUGUCUGAUAAGUCGUUCCAUGAAGCUGCAUAUCUGGCUGAUGAUCGUCAAGACCUUCUCAAUGCCAUCAAUGGUUUCCUGGACUGCAGCAUUGUUCUCCCUCCAUCUGAUUUUGAGCGCGAAGACCUGCUGCGCUCCAUCACGCACUUUCAGAGAGAUAUGAUCAGAAAGAGAGAUGAACAGGAAAUCAGCCUGAUGAACAAUGAGCAGAAAUCCCUAGAGGAGAAAGAGUCUCUUUUGGCGCGCCAAGAUCGUGGUGAUGAUGAUGACCCGCUAAAGAGGACGGGUAGACCAUUUGGAGGCUUAGUCCGAGACGCACGACGCAGAUACCCAAAAUACAUCAGUGAUUUCACAGAUUGUCUGAAUCCACAGUGCAUGGCAGCCAUCAUAUUUAUUUAUUUCGCCGCCCUUUCUCCUGCUAUCACAUUUGGCGGGCUGCUGGGUGAGAAGACAGAGGGACUGAUUGGUGUGUCAGAGCUCAUCAUUGCUACAUGUAUUCAGGGAGUGUUAUUUUGCCUGCUGGGAGCACAACCACUGCUGGUGGUCGGAUUCUCUGGGCCGAUAUUAGUGUUUGAGGAAGCUUUCUUCACAUUCUGCAAAAGUAACACAUUGGAGUACCUGGUGGGUCGGGUGUGGAUUGGGUUCUGGCUCAUCAUUAUCGUGGUGAUUAUGGUAGCAUUUGAGGGAAGCUUCCUGGUUCGAUUCGUCUCUCGUUUCACUCAGGAGAUUUUCUCUAUCCUGAUCUCACUCAUCUUCAUCUAUGAGACCUUCUCCAAACUUAUCAAGAUAUUUAAGGAAAACCCACUAAAGCGUUGCUCGUUCCUCAACGACUCCAUGUUUAACACCUCUGAAAGUUUACUGCAAGAGAACUUCACAUUAAACUCAUCAUCAUCAUCAUCAUCAUCAUCAAACAGCAGUUCGAGGGGAGAAAAGCAGACUGUCGGAGAGCCGAACACAGCACUGCUUUCUCUGGUUCUUAUGGCAGGAACCUUUUUAAUUGCAUUUUACCUGCGCAAAUUCAAGAACAGCGCCUUUUUUCCAGGCAGGCUGAGGAGGGUGAUUGGAGAUUUCGGCGUUCCCAUCGCCAUCGUUAUCAUGGUGCUGGUGGAUUACAGUGUUCAGGAUACAUACACACAAAAACUGAGCGUUCCUCAUGGUUUCUCUGUGACGAGUCCUGAUAAAAGGUCCUGGGUAGUGAACCCUCUCGGCUCGAGUAAUCCAUUUCCUGUGUGGAUGAUGGCAGCCAGCGUACUUCCUGCUCUCCUAGUGUUUAUUCUUAUUUUUAUGGAGACACAAAUCACCACGCUGAUCGUGAGUAAAAAGGAGAGAAUGCUGGUUAAAGGGUCGGGUUUUCAUCUGGACCUUUUGCUGAUAGUGUGUGUUGGUGGGACCUGUGCGUUGUUUGGCUUACCGUGGAUGGCAGCUGCAACUGUAAGGUCCGUCACACACGUUAAUGCACUAACUGUGAUGAGUAAUGCCGUCGCUCCUGGUGAUAAACCCAGGAUUCAAGAGGUCAAAGAGCAAAGAGUCACUGGACUGUUGGUGGCCGUGUUAGUGGGUCUCUCUAUCGUGAUUGGAAAAGUGUUAAGUCUGAUACCUCUCGCUGUGCUGUUUGGGAUUUUCCUGUACAUGGGUGUGAUGUCCCUCAAUGGAAUUCAACUUAGUGAAAGAAUUAAACUGCUGCUAAUGCCACCUAAAUACCACCCGGAGGAGAUGUAUGUCAGGAAGGUGCGGACACUGCGCAUGCAUCUCUUUACUGGGGUACAGCUGGUCUGUCUGGCUGUUUUGUGGGUAGUCAUGUCGACAGCUGCGUCACUCGCUUUUCCUUUUGUUCUCAUUCUGACUGUCCCGCUAAGGAUGUUUGUCUUACCUCGGAUAUUCAACACACGUGAGAUGCAGUGUCUCGAUGCGGACGAUGCUGAGCCCACUUUUGAUGAAAAAGAGGGAGUGGACGAGUACACAGAGAUGCACAUGCCUGUGUGAUACUCAGCUGUGCUUAUUACACUCAUCAUCGUCCUGUGUAUUCACUCAUGUUUGGAUUGUUCUUAUUUUCAUUUCACUGCCAGGGGAAAUCAGGGUGAAGAAAAUGUGCUGUUCAGCUUUACUGUGAAACAAGCAUUGCUCAGCACAGAAACCCAGACUUAAAAUGUUAGAAUCCAAUUCAAUGCUUGCCUUCUUGCCAUGAAAAAAAAUAAAUUGACAUAUUGAAUUAAAAAAAGCAAGCUGACUUAAAAACCAUCAGUUGAGUCAGUUAACAAAAAAGUAUUAGGAUGUAAUACAUUACUACCAUUACUAUACUACAAGCUUUUGUGAAAAUAAUUAAUUAAUUUGAAUGUAAUGUUAUGAUUACCUUGAUUAAGUGUGGGUGUAUAUACAGUACAGUAUAUGUGUAAGCUUGAAUCAAAACCUCUAUAUUGUAUAUACUGAUCAGCCAUAAUGUUAUGACCACUGUCAGUUGAUGUUAAGAACAACAUUUAAGAACAACUAUCCACCAGCAAACUAUGGACAGGAUCACAGGUACCCAAUGCCCACAGGAAGCAAAGGCCAGUCCAUCUGGUCUGAUCCAACGCAAAAGCCAAUGCAGCACAAAUUGCUGAAAAAAAGUCAAUGCAGGACAUGACAAAAAGGCACCAGAACUCAGAGUGCACUACAGUCUGCUGGGCAUGUGGCCCGUCAGGCAAUGAUUCCAAGCCCAUUCACCCAGUCUCCAAAUUCCCCAGAUCCCAAUCCAAUCGAGCACCAACCCUGCAACUCACGGCACCCAAAGGAUCCACUGCCAAUGUUCUAUCAGACACCACUCACACACCCCUAUAGGCCUUUUGGAAUGAUGGCCAAAACCUAGGUGGUUUUAAUGUUAUGGCUGAUCAGUGUGGAUGAAUAGUGUGUUUGCUUCAUUGUGUUGGAAGUAUUUACACGCUUGAUGCCAAAUUAGUUACCCCUCUGUUGCCAAUAAUAGCAGACAAUUUAUUGAUAAUUAAUUAGCUGUAGACAUAGUUUUGGUGCAGGUCUCCAUCACUCAUCCACCAGUAAUAUGUGACCAAAGCAUCCGUGGUAUUUUUUUAACUAGAGAUUUUUUAAUAGAGAUUAACUAAAGUUUAUUUUUAAAUGUUGAUUUAAAUAUACAGUAUACUGUAGAUAGCUAGUCAUAUUUUCAUACUACAGUAUAAUGUAAUAUUACUAAAGCACAACAGGGCAACUUCAUUUGCCUUUUUUGUGACAAACAUGACUGCAUAUAUCAGAGGUUUGAUAGGUUUAUGUGAAUGUAAAACACUGUUAACAUUUUGUAGGUGAUACAAAAUGAAUUUUUCCUUGCAUUACCAAGCAAAACACAGUAUAAUGCUUCAGCCAGCUGAUGGUAGGUUUUAAUAGAGAUAUUUAGCAUAUCUGGGUAGUUAGGUUGUACGUACAGUAGUGUAAGUUUCUGAUCUAACUUAGUCUUAUAUUAUUAAAUAAUAUAGGGUGUAACAAGAGUGCCUCUAAAAUUGUGUUGUGAUGCUAGAUUAUAGCUAGCGUAAUGGAGUUUAGAAGUGUUUAAAGUCAGAAUGUUUGCAUUCCUAGUGUAGUCAGAGGAAAAGGAGGAAAAAUAUUCUUAUCAUUAAUAUUUGCUCUAAAACAAGAAAUAGUUCCCUAAGAAAUAGUUUAAUUAAAACAUUAGAAGAAACCCAGAACACUAAAACUAUCUAAAUUUUUCACUACCUAGCGAUAUAUGUGUUUUAAUCAUUCAUUAGCACAAUGCUAAUUCUAAAAGAACAAUAUUUGCUUUUAUCAUUGUUUUUGGUUAGAUAUUUCAUUGAGUGUUUAAGAGAAAGUGCUUGUGACAGUCAGUACUACACUGACUGAAAAUAGUGUGAGUACACCGAUGCAAUUUCAACUGCUGACUAGCUCUCGUGCAUAUCAUCUGAAAUCCGUUAAAAAUCCCAUCCAAGUUACAGUGCUGGCUGUCCAUGUCAUAAAGCUAAUGUUUAGUUUUAUAGUGAUAGCCCCUUAACGCACUUAAUACUUUACUUUUCCAAUAUUUUACAGAUCAAUAUUAGCUAACUACUUAGCUAGCUAGCUAUAUAUUGCUUAGAAUUUUUGCUGUAACGCUAUUUAGUCAACUGCAAGGUAAAAAAAUUAUACUAAUUACAAAAAUUGGUAGGUUUAUUAUUUUUUUUACAUAAUUAUUUAUACAUAUAUGAGGGUGGCGAAAGACGAGUAUACAAUCUUUUAUUUGUUCAUUUAUCUGUUUAUUAACGUGCACAUCAUUUUGUUUUCCUUUGUCAGAUUUAGCAUUAAUACGGUUUUUGAUUACAUGAUAAUGAAUUGUAUGUUUUAAUUGAUUUUUUCUGUUAUAAAUAAAUAUGUAAUUCUUUUCA